AGCAUUCAGCAUCCGCAGAGAAGUGAGAGGUGCCGAAGGCCGUCACGAGCAAACAUGUUCCAGACGCCUUCGUCCAGCUUCAUCAGAGGCGCUCGAGCACUCACGCAGCGGCAGCGGUCGAGACUGCCGCAACGUCAGGUCCGGCAACUCAGUCUCCAUGAAUAUCAAUCGCAAAAUCUCCUCAAAGAGUACGAUGUGCCUGUGCCUCGUGGAAUACUCGCCCGGACACCAAAAGAAGUGGCAGAUGCUGUCACGAAGCUUGGCGGAAAAUGUGUGGUAAAAAGCCAAGUGCUCAAGGGCGGCCGAGGGAAGGGCCGGUUCGACAGCGGGUUGCAGGGCGGCAUACAAGUUGUCGACGAUGCAAGCUCGGCGGAGAAGCUUGCAGCUCAAAUGUUGGGCCAUCGCCUCAUCACCAAGCAGACCGAUGAGAAAGGGCUGAGCGUGAACAAGCUCUACGUCGCCGAGACGAUCAAGUACGACGAUGAGUGGUACCUCGCCAUGACCAUUGACCGGGAGAACUACAGCCCGGCCAUCAUCGUCUCCAAGGCCGGCGGCAUGGACAUUGAGACGGUGGCAAAGGAGCAUCCCGAUCAGUUGCUCACCUUCCACUUCAGUAUCUCGCAGGGCAUCACCCCCGACCUUGUCAAGCGUCUCUCGUCCGCUCUGAAGACCUCGGAGAAAGAGACCAAAAACCUGGAGACCAUCCUCACCCGUAUGCACAAAGUCUUUACCGCCAAAGAUGCAACACUUCUCGAAAUCAACCCACUCGUCCGAUCUUCCGACGGAAACUUCACCUGCCUGGAUGCCAAGUUUUCCUUUGACGAUGCCGCCUCACCACGUCAGAAGGAACUCUUUGCACUGCGAGACUCGGACGACAUUGAGCAAGACCAGUCGACCGAGAUGGAGGCCAAGGAGUACGAUCUGGUGUACAUCCGACUUGACGGCAACAUUGGCAACGUGGUAAAUGGCGCCGGACUGGCCAUGGCCACGAAUGAUGCAAUCGCCUAUCACGGCGGUUCCAGCGCCAACUUCCUCGAUGCCGGGGGCCAGGCCACGCAGCAGACGAUGCAGAAGGCUUUCGAGAUCAUCUUGCGGGACGAGAGGGUGAAGUGCAUUCUUGUCAACAUCUACGGAGGCAUCAUCAGGUGUGAUAUGAUUGCAGAGUCUAUCAUUGGUGCCGCGAAGGAAUUGGGCUCCUUCCGCGUGCCAAUUGUUGUCAGAUUGCAGGGGACAAAUUCCGCCGAAGGGUUGAAAUUGGUAAGCAGUUCCCUACUCUUCAGCGUUGUGCCGCACUGACAGACGCGUUCAGGUCGAAGAAUCUGGGCUUGGGCUACAUUCAGAAGCGGAAUUUGGGGAGGCGGCGAAGAAAGCAGUCGAGCUUGCGAAAUCAGGGU